AUGUCGUUGUAUGCUUCAAUUAUUUGUGUGAAAUGCACACAUGUUUUUAACGAGCAAGAGCGACGUCCGUGUGUAGGGACAUGUUGCCAUUCAAUAUGUGAACAAUGUUUUGAUGAGAAGAUAUCUUCAACGUGUCCUGCUUGCAACAAAAUCGAUGCAUUUGAGAGGAAGAGCAUUAAUUGACAAGCGGCCGAAAUGAUUGCAACAAUGGCAGAAAACACGGAUUUUUUGAAUUGUACAAAUUACAAACAUAACUCAGAUGUAAGUAUUUAUUUCAUUCAAAAUAAAUUUGGUAUGUGCUCAGAAUGUAAAGCUCACACAGAGAAACUUCGAAUCUGUGUUGAAUGUGCAAUACGAUCAGGACACUUAGUGAAAACUGAAGAAAAUGGAAUCGAUUUGUAUCAAAAGUUUCUGGAAAACUAUCCGGAUAAUUCAGCGGCGCAAGUUAUGAGUACGGGAAUUUGUGCAAAUUGUUGUAUUGAUGGAACUCACAGGACACACAAGAUUUCUCUAAUCAAAAACAUCAGCUCUUUGCUGGGAAGAAUUGAACUUUUUAACAUUCCCUCAGUGAUCUUCCUUGACAUGGCAACCAUUCUCAAUGCACUCGAAACUAAGUCCUCACUGGAACUUUCACACAUUUAUUGCAAGAAAAAAUUUUCGGUCUCCCGAAGUUGAUAGACAAAUAUUGUCCAGGAAUACUUCUCACAGAAAACAUGAAAAUCAAAUUGAAACGAGGAACGGAAAUUCUGUAUUAUCUUCUCAGAAAAGUCAAUCCUAUGUUCAUUCAACUUACUUAUGAAGAUAUCGACUCUGCAAGUGGGGAAGAGAAAGAAGAAUUCCAGAAACUUCUAAAAAAACGGAAGGAAUUCCAGGACAUCGUCUCAUCUUCAACAAGUUAUUCUGAACUAGACGAACACGAUUUUCUGCUCAUUGACAAUGAGUUUGAGUCCUGUGAUUUAACAACUUUAAUAUCUGCACUUUUUGAGUGUCUGGGAAAGGAUGGCGUAGGGAGGAACGUGUUAAAACCUUACUCAGGUUACACGAGCCAAGCUGCUUCAAAAAUGGUGCCGUUCGACAUAUUUGGUGGCUAUACUCAGCUAGUGUCAGAAUAUCUUGGAAAAGAUGUCUCGGAAAAGAAAACAAUCAAGGAUGAUUUGGAACUCGAUUGA